ACAAACAGACGCGCGCGUACACACACACACACACACACACACACACACACACACACACACGCACACUGCGGUAGAAAAACCUACAUAUAUACACACACGCAUAUAUAUAUAUACAUAUAGACGCACAUGUAUAUGUACACAAAUAUCUGUUUGCACGUACCACAGCUUCUCGUCGUAUUUUUAUUCUCUUUAUCCUCGUUAUUUUACGUAUUAAUUAUAAACGCACACAAAGACACAUACACACACACACGCACCCACACACACACACACCCCCACACACAUAAUACUCACAUGAGUUUGUUCUUAUUUUCUUACAGCGUACGCUCACCGUUUAAGGGAUUAUUUCUGUCCACUAUAUUGCAUUCAUGUAAUAUUAUUUAAAUCAUCUGUUCGUGUUCAUGUAUGAAAAUAACCGUUGCCGUAAGGCUUAGAUCAUCCAUUAACUAAGUGUAAUCUUAGUACUCCUCAUUACACCAGCAGCUGUUUAAUCAUCCGUUAUCUUCCCUCUACUUAUGAAAAAUUACGGUCUUCUAAAAUAUUACUGGUAAUCUUGAAUUAUCAUUCAUUGACAUAUUUACUUAGUCCUGUAUAAUCACAGUCUAUGCUGCAGUAGAAAUUAGACCGUAAGAAGUUCUCUGUACGGCUUUCUCAUAUUUCAUCUGCACUCUGUGUGCAGAUGAAAUAUGAGAGUGAAUAACAUUUCCUGUUCCAGACCAGUGAAUUGGUGUCCGAAACAUCGCAGCAAAUCACCAACUUCUCUGUCUACAUUUGCAGAUACAAAAUUACCUCAGGAUUUCUGCGACAAGCGCUCGUGGCAAGCAUUCAAAUCUUUUGCAAUAUGCGAUAAAUUAUCGGCACUAAAUCCCGAGUAGCAUAUUGUUGAAUGUGCUGAUACAUCUGUUUCGAACAAACUACACGUGACUCUCCAUCAGGUACCCGGGUCAAACGAAUCAUAUUCAUCUAAACAUAAGUAUAAACUAAGAAGGUUUGUCAAUAACGGGUGAUAUAAUAUAGCAAGAGAAGGACUUGUCUGUUUGCACGAGUAAGAAGAUGAAUAGAGUAUAGAUCAAUUUACUGGCUCGAAGAAUUUCAUCCGGAAAAUAUUUUGUUACUGAAUAAUCGCGAAAGGAUUGGUCCAACACGCAGUGAUGGGAUAAGAAUAGAAAGUGCAGGAAGUCAGAAUGAAGUUUUAAGAAUUAAUGUAUUGAACAAAGAGCAAUUGGAAUGCAAGCUCUGAUAAUGUUGGAAAUGAGUAUGACACGAGUAACAACGAUGAAAUAUUCUCUAUGUAUUCUUCUCCUUGUUCAUGCUGCGAUAUCAGAGUUUUGCGAAGAUACAGCCAAGGAAUUUUGUGACGAUGUUAUGAAAAGAUAUCCUAUACAAAAAAAGGACAAAUACUAUUGCAAUCGCAUAAAAUUGUUCAAGGACUGUUUUAAAGGAACGUUCAAGGAAUGUGCAGAUUUCUUCGCGAGCACAUUUAAGAAUAAAAAAUGUGCUCAAACAAUUGCUAAACAAAAUGCUCCCUCUUCGACCCGCCUUGAGUCAUUACGGAUCCUAUUAUUGCUUCUAAUAAUAUCGGUAUUGUUAUGAUGGAAUGCCGUCUCAGCUGCUACUUAUGUAUUUCACGUAAGAAUAUUCAUGAAUAAAAGUUGAUUUCAAA